GUUUCGCGCGAGGGCUGUUGAGCGCGUAAACCGUAUCCCUUCAUUCAUCAGGCCGUUUCCUGAAGCCAUUUCUCGACGGCAGAUACGAGAGUUGCGCUACUUUUAAAUCCGUUGCAUCUGCCUAAAUGCACGUUCUCAAGGAGAAAUACUUUUUAAAAGUCGAUCAUUCAGACAUUCAUCCUCACUUUGGUUCGAGUAUUUUUGUAACCACUGCGGCGGAUUAGCAGCUAAUACGGGCUCGAAAGUUCAGAGACAAGAAAAAGGGGUUACCCCGAGUACGCAAGAUGAGAAGAGGGAUCUCCUCGGCUCCGGACAAAGUGAUUUUAGCAGGCGUCGGCAGCUCCUCUCUGGACAGUAAUAUAAUUUUAACAGCCCUGUCGGAUCGUUUGAACCCUGGUCAAGCGAAUACGACGUAUAUCCAAAUAAUAACCACACCACCGCCUUGCAACCUUACACAGACAUCAAAUGUGUGUUUAUCCGAGCCGCAGGUUAACAACAUUUACACAACUCCACAGCAAGCCGCGGCAAACGGGACAGGACAACGACCCGUUCUGGGAAGACCACCGGCUAAGAGGCGGUUGGCGCUCGAUGAUUCAGACCACCAGUAUCAGUCGGAACCAGCUAAAACUCCAAGAGGCAGAGGAGCGGGAGCGCCAGCAAUUGGGUCACGGCUAAAGACACCCAGAACACCAAAGUCUCCUCCGGAGAAGACCCGAUACGACACGUCGUUGGGCCUGCUGACGAAGAAGUUUGUGGAUCUUCUUGCUCAGUCUUCCGAUGGGGUUUUGGACCUCAACCUCGCAGCUGAAACCUUACAGGUCCAAAAAAGGCGGCUGUAUGACAUCACCAAUGUUCUAGAAGGGAUUCAUCUUAUUAAGAAGAAAUCGAAGAACAACAUUCAGUGGAUGGGCUGCAGUCUGUUGGAGGUGGAGGGAGCACUGAGCCAAAGUCAAAGUCUGACAGCUGAAGUUUCCGCUCUGGGUGAGGAAGAGCAGAGGCUCGAGCAGCUCAUCCAGAGAUGCAGCCUUGAUAUGAGACAUAUGAGCGAGCUGCCAUGCAACCAGAAAUAUGCGUAUAUAUCAUAUCAAGACAUCAAACAAGUGGACAGCCUCAGAGACCAGACUGUUAUCGUCGUCAAAGCACCAGCAGACACCAAACUGGAAGUACCGGACCCUGACGAGAGUUUAUCCAUUCACCUAACCAGCACCAAGGGUCCGAUCGAGGUCCUGCUGUGCCCAGACGAGGAGAACGAGAUGAGUCCUGUGAAAAGUAGAAACACAGACAUCAAUGGGAACUCGCCUUUCCUAAAAGUCAUUCAAGAGUCCAGCUGCACGCCCACCAUACCCACCAUAUCCAGCUCCUUCCUGUCUCCGCCCAGCUCCUCCACCUCCUCGGCCGUCUCCAUCACCACCCUCUCCCCCAUCUCGUCCACUUACACCAGCCUCCUCCAGCAGACAGAGGACCAGAUCCAGUCGUCCCAGGGCCCUUUCUUAAACCUCGUGCCUCCCAUCCUGGACGACGACUACCUUUUAGGUUUGGGAGACGACCAGGGAAUCAGCGAUUUGUUUGACGCUUGUGACUUUGACAAAAUGCCGGCGCUGGGUCUGGACGAGCUGUUGUGCAGCUAGCAUUAGCUGAAAGGGAGCUAGGGAACGAAACACUGAGGGCUUUUUCUGUCCCGCAGAGGUCAAAACUCCAUGUUUCCAUGGUACGAAUGAGAAAAUGGACCGGUCAGUGAAGUCAAACCCCGCCCCCAGCAGAUAGAUUUUUACAGAGGGUAUUUAGAUGUACUUUAAGAGACUGUAACGUUUCUUUACUCUUAACGACAGAAAGUCCAACAAAGACAAAACAACUUGAAGGAGCGCUCCCCUCCACAUCACCUGACAUUAAUAGCCACUUAUUGGUUGACUGGGUGUAGUUUAGGAAAGCAGUACGAUCACUGAAAAUCACAUGUAGAAUGGAGAACCAACCAAGCAAAUUAGAGGGAAACAUGUUGCUGCUUCUGGUUCAGCAAAUAAAAGUUUCAAAUCUAAUUUUAAGUUCUCAGGUGAUCUAGAACAAACCCAAACUGCAUUAAUGCCAAGUGUUGUAGGGAGGAGAUUUUAUUGAUUUAACUUUUUUUUUUACAUAAAAAGAGAUUGAGGGCUCAUAGUGUUGACUGUCCGUAUUAGACCUUUGAUGGGAAACGUUUUAGAAAAGAAAAGAAAAGUGUAGUUUAGGUGAAUGAUAUUGGUGACUGCAGUUAAUCUGGGUGACGCGGUGCCUCGUCGCUCACAUCACAUGAAUGUGGUGUAGACCUGAGCACCAGCCUCGAUUUUAAAAACUGCAUGUUAAACUGUUUUUUAGAGCACCUCUGAAUACCUGAAAUUCUCUUAAACCAGACCGGCGUACCACCGGUCUGUCGUUCAGUGAUGAAGUGGGGACACUGCAGAUUUUAACUGUGCAAUGAUCUGUACAAACAGGCCAUAAAGAAACUCGUCUCUAAUAACUGAUAACUAUGCUGUUUAGCUGCAAACGGAGCCCAGAAAAGCCAUAAUCCCUUGGUAAGAAGGGGUUUAUCAGAAAGCACCUGACACAUUUACACGAGUCACCCCUGUAAAGAAUUUGUAAACUUGUAAAUCACCUGGAGUUGAUGCUUUUUAAUACUUUGUAAAUUUCCAGACUACUUAAAUCUUGCUGCUUUUGAAAGAUGUGGUUAACAUCAUUUGGAGUAGAGUUCUGUGAAACGUUUAUGACCAGAUACCUUGAACAACUUCAGCGUGAAGAAAUUGUUUAUUUCUGACUAGAUUGACAAGCUAAUAAAUAGUCCAAGCAAGGUCAAGUAAAAGUGGAUUGCUCCUUUCUUAAAACUGCUUUAAUCUCCAGAAAUUCAUAGUACCUCAUGUUAUAAAACUCAAUUUUACAAAUCCUUUACACCUCUGUUUAUUUUGCAUUACAUGGUUGUUUCAGCAGAAAUAUUGUGAUAAUCCUGCAGGAAAUGCCCCUGAGUAGCACUUGAAGUGGUACAGACUAGCUGCUACUGCCAUGCGUGCUUGCCAAUAGCCAUAAUAUUCUAUGGAAAUAACCAAGAAAUUCAAAACAAAUUGAAGUGUAAGGGUUUAUAAAAUAACGUUCACAUAAACUACUAUGCAUUUUUCAGGAUUUGAGUUGUAAGAUUUGCGGCAACCUACUCUGGAAGUUAACUGUUUUUCCAAACUGAGGUUGUUAAGACAUUGAUCUGCAACAGGUAAGACGAUAUUUAUUCAUAACCUUGCCACAGAACCCUGCUUCAAAUGGAUUACUUUUACUCUCACCAUAACCAGAGUCCCUCUCAUGCCUUUUCAGCUUGUCUGUUCAAGUUUGACUUUGAAUCAGAUGCUGUCCUCCACCCCCGCACAUUUUUUACUUUAAUCUAUCAGUACUAUAUUCAUUUCUUUAAAAAUAACAAAAUAAAAAUAUAGACGAUAAAAAUACAAAUCACAAAUAAAAUGAAAGGCGGCAGAAAGAAGAAAAAACAUCUUGUAGUAUCUGCGCCUUUUUCCUCCCAAAAUUAAUAUUUUUAAACAAUAGUAAUCCACAAACAAAAUUCAAAGUUUUCAGUUUUAAUGGAUUUUAAUUAUUGCGUAAUGAUAAAACUCACCUAGAGAACAAAAUAUCUGAAAUCGACAAACUUCAGACUAAUAAAUGACAGAAAAUAGUUUUUUUUUUCAACACAGCUGCAUCUUUUUAUGUUAUUGAGUCUAGUUCCAAAGUAGUGAUACAUCCAAAUAAAUAAAUAAAUAAAAAGUAGAAACUGCAAACAUCUUUCAUCGACCACAGGUCAUUUCUCUGCUGCUUGCGUCGACCCCCCACCCCCGACCCCGACCCCAGCUGUUGGUUUGAGUAGACUUGUGUACAGCACGGAUGAUUCGGAUCCAGUUCGCUGAAGGGUUAGCCAGCUUUGUGUAAAUUUGUGUACAGUUUUCUAUUUUUUUUCAAUGCACAAGGUACUGUAGGCUACCUCUCACUAAUUGUUAAUAGUAAUAUAGCAUAGCGGUCAACGCCAUAGAUUGAGUCUUCAGAUUCCCAUUUUUUUGUUAUAGAAAUUGUAUUAUUAGUAGCAGUAUGUUGGAUUUUACAACCGUGAAAUAUAAAAUUGAAGACUCAUAAACUGGUUUUA